CCCUUACGGGCACAGCCGCUGGCCAGCGCUGGCCCCAACCCCAGCCUGUCUGCUGGCUGGGGGCUGGCUGCCAGCCCUGCCCCCUCCCCUGGUGCAGCCCCUGGCGCCAUGGCCCGGCUGAGGCGCAGAGCCUGCAUUGCCCUCUUCCUCUUCACCCUCUUCAUCUUCGGCACCAUGAUGGGCCUACGGACUCUGAAACCCUCUGACGGCUUCUCAGACCUGGCCCCAGGGCUGGAGCUGGCGCCCAUCGCAGAGCAAGGGGAGAGGCGCUCAGUGUCCCAUGAGGCCAUCUCCCAGCCUCAGGCAGCUACCAGCAGUGACGCCAAGGCACCAACGCCACCCGUCUACUACGACCUGCACAUCUUCUACUACACGUGGUACGGGAACACCCACUUCGAAGGAAAGUACCUGCACUGGGACCAUGUCAUGGUGCCACACUGGGACCCCAAGAUAUCUGCCAGCUACCCCAAAGGGCGGCACAGCCCCCCAGAGGACAUUGGCUCUAGCUUCUACCCUGAGCUGGGACCUUACAGCUCCAGGGACCCUGAAGUGCUGGAGGAGCACAUGAACCAGCUGAGAGCAGCAGCAAUUGGAGUCCUGGUUUUGUCUUGGUACCCACCUGGCCUGGCAGAUGACAACGGGGAGCCAUCAGACAGUCUUGUGCCAUUUAUCCUGGAUGCCGCACACAGAUAUGCCAUAAAGGUUGCUUUCCACAUCCAGCCGUACAAAGGGCGCGAUGACCACACUGUGCAUGAGAACAUUAAAUACAUCAUAGACAAGUAUGGAGCACAUGCAGCUUUUUAUAAGUACAAGACCAGUACAGGACUGAGCCUCCCAUUAUUUUAUAUUUAUGAUUCUUACCUGACACCCCCUGAAUCCUGGGCCAACCUCUUUACCCAGUCAGGCUCUCACUCCCUCCGCAAUACCCCAUACGAUGCAGUGUUCAUAGCACUGCUAGUGGAAGAAGGACACAAGCAUGAUAUUCUCUCCGCAGGAUACGAUGGCAUGUACACAUAUUUUGCAUCCAAUGGCUUCUCUUUUGGCUCAUCCCACCAGAACUGGAAAGUUAUCAAAGCCUUCUGUGACUCAAACAACCUGAUGUUCAUUCCCAGCGUUGGCCCAGGCUACAUUGAUACUAGUAUCCGCCCAUGGAACAACCACAACACUCGCAACAGAGUCAAUGGAAAAUAUUACGAAACGGCUUUGCAGGCUGCACUCAUGGUGAGGCCGGAGAUAGUCUCCAUCACUUCCUUCAACGAGUGGCAUGAAGGCACUCAGAUCGAGAAAGCAGUGCCCAAGAAGACACUAACACGCCUGUAUCUGGACUACCUGCCUCAUCAGCCCAACCUGUAUCUGGAGCUGACCCGCAGGUGGGCAGAAGACUUCAGCAAGGAGAAGGAGCAAUGGCUGAUGUGAUAAUUCUGCACAGGAAGCCUUCAGCCAGCCUGUCUUUGCUUUAUGAAAAAGGUCCCAAUCAGUUGUGGGGACAGGUGCUUAAGGAGCAGUUGGGAAAAGCAUCUUAUAGGUCCCAGUCUCUGGUCAGGGCUGGUGGGUUUGUUCAGUUGGCUCCACGAACAGCCCUAAGACUGGUUUGAGCACCAACUCCACACUCACAGGAGGAAAUGUGAGAGCAGAGGGGUCUCUAAGCAGCAGUCUGGUCCAUUGCUGCUGUGAGUUUGGUACAGAUGUCCCUUUUAAAGCCCUUCUGGAGCUGAACUGGUCUGUAAAUGAGCAGGCCAGGGAAUGAAUGAGCAAGAGAUCAGCUUUUCUUACUGUCCAUAUGUUCAGUGUAGUAUUUUAGAUAUUAGCUGGGCUUCUACCCCAGCAUGCAUUUUAUCCUAUGCCCUUCACCAGUUGCCUGCUGAUUACACUCCACUAGCAGCUCUGACAGUGCACUUCCAUUAUUAGCUGAUCAAAGCAAAGAGUUAAUUGUUCCUCAGAACUGUUUAUUGGAGAAGAAACGAAGCCAUACAGUUAACUACCCUUUGGGUGGUCUCAGUGAGCCACUGCAUUCAAAUAAGUAAAAAUAAUUAGAGCUGGAAUGUAACCUAUUAUCUGUAUUGGCAACCAAUGAACUGAAAUGAUCUGUCCUAAAUGCUUUUUUAGUGUUUCACGUGUUCAAAACUUAGCCUUAACUGUUUUAUCUCCCCUCUAGAAUCAAAUGAAGUGCAACCACUUGCAAUAAAAUGCAACUGAAAACACUAAUGUGUUUACCAGAAGGCAGUUACAUCACUAUAGAAUAAAUACCCUUUUUUGUAACUACAGUACAUCCAGGCCCUUCUAAAUUUGUUUUAAGAACUCAUUUGUACUUGUCUUUUUAUCAAUAAAGUGAGAUGUGGUAGCUUUA